GGGGAGGAGAUACGGGAUAGUAGAUACCGGGUGGCAAAUUUUAACGCUUCUCCGUCUCGCUUCCAUCCCGCUCGUCUCUUUUCAUCUCUCACCACGCAGCCUCCGUAGCUUCCUUUUCAGUAUGAUUCGCGCGGUCCGAGCGCGAGCAUCGUGUACCCCAGACUGUCAUCUCAUUGUCGCGUCGCUUAUUUUGUUACCAUGUGAAAAAAUUGUAUAUAUCUAGUGGAGAGUCUUAUAUCAAAGUUGAAUUCAACUUGCAAUCAAUACUUUUCGAUGAAUUAUAUUUUUAAUGAGUAUGGAGAUAAACAAUUGCUACGAAGAGACAUUACUUGUUUCAAGGAGUACAAAUAAUUUUUGCAUGUAAUAGUAAUCUUCAAAAAUCUUUAAAAGUUUAUUUGCACUAUAAAUAUAUAAAGUAAGAGAACGUUUUGGUCAGAAAUUUUUAAUAAUUUUGGAUUAUAAUAUUUGAGAGCUCAUUAGUGAUUCAUCGACUUCUUCGAACCCUCCAAACUUCCGUACGUUCUAAUUUAAUAAUAAAAUAUCUACAUUAUUUACAUUGGUUAUCAAUUUUAUUAUCUUGUGAAUAUAACAAGAUAAAAUUACUUUAUUGAAAGUUUUGCGAAGCAUAUUAAAGCCGAACUGAAUUGAACAAGACAACCGAUCGCUGCAUUAAACGAGUUGUUUUUAAAGAGAUUAGCUAAUCCUUUGUUAUGGUAAUUUUGAUUGGCGUUAUUUACACAAUAAGUGCGUAAGAUGAGUUUCAUGACACUCUCGAUUUUCACGUUGAAUUCGUCAGACUCACGAGCUUUUUCUGAAUUUUUAUAUGUUGUAAAAUCUAAUAAAAGUUUCUCGUACUCCAAAUAAAAAGUGAUACAAAUUAUUCUCGGUCCAUUUUUUAUAUGUAAAUUAAAAUAAAUUUAAAUUAAAGUCUAUUGGAUUUUUAACGAAUAAUUUUCAUUAUAAUUGAAUCGUACCAAUUACUUCAAUCAUUACUUAUACCAUUGACAAUUUUUAUACGAAUCUUAAUUAAUACUGCAAAUAUAUAGAUACAACAAUAACUAUCCAGUCUAAUGUAUUUCGAUUUUUGUGAUUAACAAUUUCGUUGUUGAUUCACCGAGAUUCAUUCGGAUCUCGAGCUUUUCAAGCUGUCGCGUAUAAAAAGUCGGUAGAAUUGCGCUACUUUGCUAUUCAAAUAUCGAGCGAGCCAGACGAGAUUUAAUAAACCCGAUCGGCCGAAUUCAUUUUGGAUAUUGAAGAGCGUGAGAUAGAUUAGAUAUGAUAUAAAUUCAUAGGAGUUUCGUAAGCCUGAAGAUGACACGUAACAUUGAAAUUCAAAUCAACAGAUUCUUUGCAAAAAUUAAUAAUCUUAAUACCAUAUAUAAACUAAAUUAUACUGGCAAUUAAGUCUUUAAUUAUAAACCUUCAAAUAUGUACUUAAGCUUUUGAGAGUUCGUCCAUAAGUUUUAAUUAAAUAAUUUUUUUUAAUAGGGCACGAUAAGCUUAAUAAUGUUGAAUUUUUGAUAACGUGUAAAAAAAAAAUUAUUAAAGAAAAUUAUCAUUUGCACUACUUUUUUUAAAGUCGUAAUUCAUUCAAUAUGUUACAUUAUUUUCUUAUUAAAUUUGUUGUCUUAGAAAUCAAUCCUUUUGUCAGAAAAUUUGCAACUAAAAGACUAAAACAAAAAUACUUUCCGCAUACAUCUAACGCCAAAGAAAAUUCACCUCGUGACUCAUCUGACCUUCGAUAGCUUUUCUACUUGACAUUUUUGGCGGAAAUUGUUUCACCCGGAGUCCCUCAGAAAAUCUGCGGGAGAUAAACUUCAUAAAUGCAGGAUUUCUUUCGUAAACGGCUAACAUUUAAUAAAUCACAAUUUAUCAAAUAAAAUUUCAGAAAAGGGAUGGGGAUAAUAGCUUGUAGACAAGUGAAUAAACAUCUAUCUCUCUUGCCUCCUGCGAAUGUCGGCAGAUUCGAAGAAGGAAGAGAACAAUCUCGAUUUGAUAUGAAACGCGAGUGAAAAUUUCGCAAAGAAAGUGAGAAGUGUCUCUCUCUCUCUCUCGAGUGUGUGUUGAUGUGGUUCGGACAAUGGACAAACUGUACCGACAACGAAACGAGAGCAUCAAUGGAGUCGAGACGCGAACAGCAGAAAUUGGAAAAAUCUUUUUUUAAUUUUUUACAACGAGAUUACAGGCACAGCGAGUCACAUUAUUUCUUCAGAUUAUCUUCAAGAAUACUUGGAAUCGGCACAAGGACCUCACGUAUCCGUGUUAUCGAUCGUGACUGGAGGUAUUAAUCCUGAGGACUCUAUCGAGGCUCGUCAUGCUGGUCCCGGAGGGCAAUUUGACAUCUUGGGCCAGUAACUGGACGACGCUGCUGCACCAGGUGUCCUGCAACGACACUCUAUUGGGCUGCGCCGAGAAGUGCGACAUCGUUUCCGACGGAUUCGAUCACCUUUGCACCGCGAUCGGGAAAGGAACUUUCACCGCUUCCUCGAUGACGCUUUUUUGUACACCUUGCGAUUAUGCGAGUUGUAACGUCAACGUAUCCUUGAUCCUCAACGGCCUCGAGAGUAUUGAAGGCGUAUUUCUAUCCAGGAUACCGAUAAGGAACUGCAAUGUAACGUCCAUAGAGGAGGAAAUUUUAGAAUGCUCGCCGGCCGACAGCAUCGCCGAGGAUCUAGCCGUGUCCUGCGCGCCACGAUCCAGGAUCGCCGGCGCGGGAACGAAGGCGCGCCGCUUCGACUGGAGCUUCCUGUUCGUCGCGGUAUUCAUAGUCGCCGGUGGAUUAGGAAACAUAUUGGUUUGUCUAGCGGUGGGGCUCGACAGGAAGCUCCACAAUGUGACGAACUAUUUCCUGCUGUCGCUGGCCGUAGCCGAUCUCCUCGUCAGCCUCUUCGUCAUGCCUCUGGGCGCCAUACCUGGUUUCCUGGGGUAUUGGCCGUUCGGCGUGGUGUGGUGCAACGUAUACGUGACAUGCGACGUGCUCGCGUGUUCGGCGAGCAUAAUGCACAUGUGCUUCAUCUCCCUCGGCCGUUACCUGGGUAUCCGUAAUCCGCUCAGGACACGUCACACAUCCACGAAACGAAUGGUGGGCUUCAAGAUCGCCGCGGUCUGGCUACUGGCCAUGCUAGUCUCCAGCUCCAUCACAGUGUUAGGCGUAAUUAAUCCCUCAAACAUCAUGCCGCGGCCGGGGGUAUGCGUCAUCAAUAACCGGGCGUUCUUCGUGUUCGGCUCCCUGAUCGCCUUCUACAUCCCUAUGAUCGUCAUGGUGGCCACUUACGUUCUGACGGUGCAGCUGCUGCGCAAAAAAGCCCGAUUCGCGGCCGAGAACCCGGAGGGCGAUCAGUUUCGUCGGCUAGGCGGCAGAUACGCGUCCACAAAAACGACAUCAUCGACAGCGUCAUCGUCUAGCACAACCACCGCGGUCACCGCCGUGCGAUCAUCGACUUCCUCGACAAGACAGGUUCGCACUUCCGGCUGCAGCGCGGAAAAGGAGAGCGACAAAUGCGGUGGUGUGAGAAAGGUCACGCCGCAUUUGAAGUUAGCAGUGAACGGCGCCGGAAGUCCCGCCGCAGGACCUCGGCUCAAGUCGAAAGUGGAUCAGGCUACCCAAACGCCGGAGAACAUCGCGCGCGAAACACGGAAUUUCACCCUCCGGGCCCUGAAGCUGCAAUUGAACGUCACGCCGACCACGCUGAAUCUCAGGUUUCUGGCGGGCCGAACGAAAAAGAGAUCCCUGGCCGCGAACGCGGUCGCGACCGAGCAGAAAGCCAGCAAAGUUCUAGGACUGGUGUUUUUCACCUUCGUGCUGUGCUGGGCGCCAUUCUUCCUACUUAAUAUUUUCUUCGCCGCGUGUCCCAAGUGCCCCGUACCGAGACACGUGGUGGAUACGUUCCUCUGGCUGGGCUACGUGUCCUCGACAAUCAAUCCAAUCAUCUAUACCAUUUUCAAUAGAAUCUUUCGAGCCGCGUUCAUUCGCUUACUCAAGUGCAAGUGUUCAAGGUCUACGAGGCCCUCAAGAUAUCGUUCGGUCACGGGAAGCGGAAGGGGAGCGGUGGGCCUGUGCACAACGAGUGCUCUGCCACUGGCCAUCAGUCUUCAAGGUACACCCUUACUAACCCCAACACCGAACCCUACAUCGACCCCGGCGUCGGGAAGCUCGUUUGUCACGAUGAUGCACCGAACGCCAAGCUCGCUGUACCAAGAUACCUUCUUGAUUCAUGAACGCGAUCAGGAAAUCGACGAUCAUUAAAUCUUCAUCGGCUACCCAGGGGAUCACACUGCACAACACUGUUUUUGUCCUCUUCGCAAAAAACACCGACCCUUAAUCGAAAAAUCAAUGUACAUAGAAUGUAAAUAAAGUUUGUUGUAUAAGUGGCUACGAUAAUGUUUGUUACUCGAGAACUAUGCGUGCAAUAUUUCAGUUUGCAGAUUCUAAUUCUGCUUCUUCUUAAGUCGCCUACAGUUACCUGAUUAAUUAAGUUUCCUGACUAAUUGAUAUCAAGCAAGAAGAUAAAAGGAAGCUUUUAAGUUUGUUGUGCAGUGUUAUCGAACAGAGAGGCUAAAAGUAGCUUUCUGUUGGCAAAUUCUUAAAGUUGCUUAAUUAUUGUCUAUUGUAGAAAUGAAAUUGAGAUAUCUAUGUAGGAAACAAAAUAAAACAUUACUAUUUUAGCGCGA